UUGGCUGUAAAAAUAUCUCAUCCAUGACGUCUGACAUGAUCUCAGGUCUAUAUUCAGUCUUGUGUAAAUGAGGCAGUUAAACGCGGCUGCUGUGAUUUUCUUCACAUUCCUUUUACACUUCAUUCCUGCGAUUUCUUCCUCCACAACACAUUUACGCUCAUCACUGCCUCGCUCCCUACUUUUCUCCUCCUCUCAUCUUUCUUUUUGCCCCUGUCUGUAAUUGGAUUCUAUUUUCAGGUCGCCAUGAGUGUCUGUGUGUCUCCAGUGUUUGUGUCUCUUCUCCAUCGUCACCCUGUGCUCCUAUCGCUCUCCAUCGCGCUGUCAUCAUGUACUUUGCCCCAACUAUUCUCCACCUGUCUGCUACUAACAGGUUUACUUUACAUUGACCCUUUUUUCAUCCUUUUCUUUGGGAGAGUUUGGUUCAGGAAAUAUCACAAGAAAAGCUGUGUGUAAAAUGUGUUGGAUGAGGUAAUGCACCAACCGUAUCUCUCUUAUGACCUAGAUCCCGUAGUCUGGGUUACAAGGCAGGAAGUUAUAUUUAGUUAAAAGAAAAAGAAAACAGAAAAAUUCAGGAUCAGAAGUACUGUAGACUAAACUAAAUCUGAAUGUCUUUGUACGCAAACAAAGAGUCGGUAACAUCUUUAUGUCAGGAAAGGCAGUUAAUCAGUGUUUAUGAAGGGGAGGAGUGGAAAUUAGGAGCCUGGCAGAGGGAGGGAGUCCUGGUGCAGAAGUUGGUUGGCUGUCAGGAUGUCUCUGGAGGUCCUGCAUGUGUUUAAAAGACCAAAAUACUUAGAGAGAGAUGAGGAGAGGCUAUCAGAGGUGGAAAUGUUGAUGAACAAGUAGAGGAAAUGGGGAUUUCUCGUCAGAACACCAAGCCCUCAUCGGUGAGGCCUGGAAGCAGCAAAACUGCGACGCGGACUCCUAGAUACGGCCGUGCGGUUCAGAGCCGCUCCACGCCUGUACGGACCGUCAGCAUCCGACCGCUGCCGCAGAGAAACACGGCUGCACGCAAACAGCACACCCAAGCUGUUCCGCCACGCAGGGCGAACUUGCGUCCAGCGCAGAGUCAUUGUCUGACUCAGCAUCUCGAGCAGCACAUUUCACAUGGCGAUCAUCAUGCAGGCUGCACCUUCUACUGCUAUUUUUGCUACUGCUGUUACAGCUGCUGCCUCAUGUUGCUCUCUUUUUCUCUCCUCCUUCUUCUCUCUCCACCUAACAACACUCCUCUCUCUGAUCCUUCCUCCACUUUGACCUCCAAUGCAACCACACCUCCUCCCUCCUCCUCCUCCUCCAUCACACAAUCUUCAACUUCCUGUUUGGAUGAACUGUCCUGCUUCUGUCCUGAUGUCAACUUGACUUCAUCUCCAAUAUCUUCCCGAUGCUCCCAAUCUCUUUGUCUAAUCACCUCCUGCACUGAACGACCCCCCUCCACCUGUCAUGGCUCCGCUUCUUCUUCUACAACUUCGGACUCCUUCAUGCGUCCUCAAAAACCACUCCUCUGCCGGCCUUGGCCCUUGACGCGCUCCCUUUCCUCCUUACUCCUCUGUCCCCCCAGCUUUGGCGAGCCAGUUUUAUCCUAUGCCUCCACUCUGGAGCACAUUCCCUCUCGGCCUCGGACGCUGCUGAGGCAGCAGAGUCUGCAGCAGCCGCUGAUCCAGCCGUCAGGGCCGGGUCUCAGCCACCCGCCUACCACGUCUCAAAGCUUGGGACAGUUACAUACUGCACCUGGGGGGGCAGGGAGAGGAGAAAGAGGCAGUAACAGUGGUGAGGUUGGGGGAGCAGGUACACGAGGCAGGGGCUCAAGAGGCGGCUCAGCGGGCGCCGCCGCUUCACGCUACAGGGGAGGAGGAACAGGAGGGCGCUCCAGAGGAAGUCCUGGCAGCUGGGAUUACGUCAUGGACCAGAUGAAGAACCGCGGUCUGGAUGUCAAGUCCUUCCUUGAAGGAAAGCUGGUGGUCCUGGCUUUGGCCAUUGGUGUUGCAGAGCAAGAUGACUUUGCCAAUAUCCCUGACCUGCAGGAAACGGCGCAGGCAGCACCAGCAGCCAAUCAGGAGCCCCCUCCUGAGAAGAGGGGGAACAAACCAGCAAACAGCCCCAAAGGUCACCCCCCCGACGCCGAUGGCCACUCCUCUGUAACCGACCUGGCGAACUCACUCACUGGAGACAUGGUGAUGUUGUCCCCCGGUUCAGAGGAUGAUGACGGUGAAGGGCCGGUCAGCGAAAAGCUGGGCCGCAUCCAGUUCAGCAUAGGCUACAGCUUCCAGAAUACAACCCUGACUGUCAAAGUGCUCAAGGGUCAGGAUCUACCAGCCAAGGACUUCUCCGGAACCUCAGACCCUUUCGUCAAAAUCUACCUGCUGCCUGACAAGAAGCACAAGCUGGAGACCAAGGUGAAACGGAAGAACCUGAACCCCCACUGGAAUGAAACCUUCCUCUUUGAGGGCUUCCCUUACGAGAAGGUGAGAGAACGCACUCUCUACCUCCAGGUGUUGGACUACGACCGCUUCAGCAGGAAUGACCCCAUCGGAGAGGUUUCCAUCCCCCUGAAUAAGGUGGAGCUGGGCCAGCUGAAGACCUUCUGGAAGGAGCUCAAACCCUGCAGUGAUGGCAGUGGGAGACGAGGCGACCUGCUGGUGUCUCUCUGCUAUAACCCCACUGCCAACACCAUCACUGUGAACAUCAUCAAAGCACGCCACCUUAAAGCCAUGGAUAUCGGGGGCACUUCAGAUCCUUAUGUAAAGGUGUGGCUCAUGCACAAGGACAAGCGCGUAGAGAAGAAGAAGACGCCGGUGAUAAAGCGCUGUCUGAAUCCAGUUUUCAACGAGUCCUUCCCCUUUGAUGUCCCUGCCCAUGUGCUUAGGGAGACCACCAUCAUCAUCACCGUCAUGGACAAGGACAGGCUGAGCCGCAACGAUGUUAUCGGAAAGAUCUACCUAUCUUGGAAGAGCGGACCCGCAGAAGUAAAGCACUGGAAGGACAUGCUCGCUCGGCCGCGUACUAAUGUGGCCCAGUGGCACGCUCUUAAGGCCUGAUCGUUCCACCCAGCGUCCUCCAUGGCCACUUCCCAUCUCCUAUUUCCUGGCCCAGUUCUCUCUUCCCUCUUCCCGCUCCCGUCCUUAUGCACAAGACUGACUUGCUGCCAGGCUGCGAAACACGGGUACAAUUAGCCAUCUGCUCUCUUAAACCUUUAAACUCUAUUUUCUUUUACAUUCUCUAUUUCCCUCUGAAUUUCACCCCCUGAUGCUGUUGUGUGUUUUUUCUGCAUCGCCACUUUGCCAAUAGUCCCCCUGUUUCUGUCUGUCUGUCUGUCUGUCUGUCUGUCUGUCCUGAUGCUAUUGGCUCAUGGAGGUCUAAUAAUCCUAUUCUUCGUCAGUCCCUUGGUUACUAACGUCCCUACAGCCCCUGAUCAAUUAAAUAAGGUGGUAUCCCAUCAAAUUAUUAUAAUUUCAACUCAUUUAGUCCUACUGUACUAAUAGUACAGUUACAUAGGAUGAUAUAAAAUCUACUGCUUAUACAUACAGGUGGAUCUCAGUCCAUUAUAUCCUUAAUUGGAUAAACCCCAAAUUCUGUUUCUCAGAGAAUUUGAUUCUGACUUCAGACCAAUGAAAAAGACGUUUAAUCCAGAAUGCGGUGCUACUGUCUGUAGUUUAGAGUUCUAAACCCAACAGGACUCCGUGCUCAGUGGCAUAGAGGCCGUCAGUCUGUAGUCCUGCUGCUUUAAUAGCCACCUUCACAUCCUUUCAUGCUUUUUCUGGUGUCUCUUCCUCUCCUUGGUGGGGGUUUAUAUGAGGAGAACUGGCUGACCGAUCAACAUGGCAGAUGCUGUGUUUCCACCUUUAAGGAGCCGACAGGGUUUAGCCAUGGUCAGCUGUCAAAG